AUGGCUGACCUUCCUACUCAUACAAUCGUGUUUGAGAUAUUAACGAGGCUGCCAGCAAAGGAUGUAGGUCGUUCUAAGAGUGUAUGUAAGCAAUGGUAUGCGUUAUUGUCAACACAAGAUUUCGUAAAGAUACAUUGUUCUCGCUCAGUAGUUUCAUCUAACCAGAGAGUUCUACUAAUUGACGACCUAACGUGUUCUGUUCGUCCAAUCAUCUCUAAUAACAAUGACUAUGGUCCAAGCUCAACAGUUACAUUUCCAUUCCAUCACCAAAAUAAUGAUGUCUCAAUACUUUCACAUUUGAACGGAUUGUUGUGUGUUUGCUUGAAUCAUACAUACGAGCUGCUUCUUUGGAAUCCAACAACUACUGCUUUCAAGCGUUUGUCAACCCCUGAUUCUCAUGGAUUCUAUAUAAAUAACCUUGAUGCCAUUGGUUUGUACGUUGACGCUGACGAUGAUUACAAGGUCUUGCAUAUAAAGCGUAGGAGUGGUGUACUUGGUGUCUAUGUUUAUUCUAGGGAAGUAGACUCUUGGAGAAAUAUUCCUUUCAUAACAAGACAAGAGUACCUAAGCCCUCAUUUCAAUUGGUCAGCUGGCACAUUUUGUGGUGGUACUCUAUAUUUCACUGUUUGCGAAUGUUGGAUUGGAGGUACGAAUGUGGUGAUUUGUUUUGAUGUUAAUUCGGAGCAGUUCAAGGAGAUAAGCUUUCCACCCGUUCCUUCUAAUGGAAUGGUUCAAGGUGUUUUAGUUAAUGGAAAAAAUGUGCUUCACAUGUUUGCUAGCACUGGCAUGUUUGAGAUGACAAUUGACCUAUGGACACUACAAGGGGAUUACUGGAUUAAGGUCUUAUCAUGUCCUCCGAUCCCCCCGAUAUCAUUGUCAUUGUGGUAUUUGUCAUUUUUUCAAUUUACAAUGACUAAUGGACUCUCAAACCCUCGAAAUCAUGCUUCUAGCUCGAGUGCAUCUACUAAAGCUGAAAAACGAAAAGAGUAUCAAAAAAGAUACUAUGCUGCACGCAAAGAAAAUAACAAAGUAUCUAAAUUUGGGAGUGGUGAUGCCCCCAAAGUGCUUCAUCAAUAUCUUUAA